AUGCUUCGCGAACCGUUGUUACCUUCAACAGGCGGUCAGGAAUCUAACACGCGUGCCACGUCAGACUCCGCAGUAUGUCAUGAGUAUCGCGCGCGCGUGAACCUGACAAUACCCCGUGGCGCAGCCAUCGCAAGCGGACCCCCGCCAAACAGACGCGCGAGCGUCGACUCAGCGAAUGUGACAAUAUCGGAGGGAAGCGACCUCUGCGCGGAAGCCGAUUCGCGGAAGAGGCGAAUUAGCUUUGGGAAUGAACGGGGGGAAGCGGGAGGCUCGGGGAGGAGGGGGAGAUGGGGAAGCGGAGGGCCGGGUGGAGGGGAGGGCGUGCGGAGUCCGCGCAGCCCGGGGCUGUCGAAGCAGGAGGUCCUGGGGGCAUUUGAUGCGGCGGAGGCGGAAGGGGAGGCGGAGGCGGACUUGGGCGCGCACCUACAGACGGACUUCCAAACCGUUCUCAACACGGUAGGUCUGCUCUCCAUGGGCUAUGCAGUCAUGCUGGGCGGCUGGAUGAGCCUUCUGGUGCUCGCCCUCUGCACCACCCUAUUCUGCACCACGGCUCGCCUGCUCUGCCAUGCGUUCGACGCCCUCCCGCCCUCCACCCUGCAAUCCUACCCUGCUCUCGCCCGCUUCGCCUUCGGCCUGCCGGGCGAAUGGGCUGUGAUGGUGGCAGUGCUAUUCGAGUUCUGGGGAGCGCUCGGCAUGUGUCUCAUCAUAGUGUGGCAGUCCGCUCUCAUCUUCCUGCCGCCCCUCCCCACGCUCUGCCUCCCCUCCUUCGCCACCUCCGCUGCCGAUGCCUCUGCACCCUCUGCUGCUCCGCUCUGCCUCUUGCCGAGGCACCUCGUGAUAGCGGCCAGCCUAGCGCUAGUCAUCCCCACCGUGCUAGUGCGCUCCUUUGCUCGCCUCACCAACGUAGCCCUCUCCGGUGUCGCCAGCAGCACUCUGCUCUGUUCUGGUAACUCCUACCUCUCUUUGGUUCCUGUGCUCAUCAUCCCCACAGUGCUAGCGCGCUCCAUUGCUCGCCUCACCAAAUCUGCCCUCUCUGGUGCCGCCAGCAGCGCACUUCUGGCCUGCAUUUUGAGUUCAUCCAAAAGCCCCUCUGUGACCAGCUUCAAGUGCCCUCUCUCCCUCGCCCGCAUCAGCCUAAGUGACCCUUCCUCUGCUGCUCUCCCAGAACCCCGCGCUCACCACCACUCCACCGUCUCCUGGUCCCACCUGCCCAUGGCAGCCGGCAUCUUCAUGGUUUCGCUCUCAGGCCAUGCGGGUCUGCCAUCCCUCCGGCGCAGCAUGCGGACACCAGAGCACUUUGACCAGUGCAUCAUCGUCACAUUCUCCUCCAUGUUCCUCCUCUAUGCCACCAUGGGUGGAUUCGCCUACCUUUACUUUGGGGACUCCGUGCGCGUGCUGGUAACCGCCAGCCUGGACGACGCUGGAGCUGCUGCCGGCAUCAUUCUGCUCCAAUGGGAGCUGAUUCUCGACCUCUCUGCCCGCCUCGGCCUGCCUGUCUCCUCACACAAGCCCACACCAAGUGCUGCGGAUCCUGUUGCUGAUGGUGCGGAGAGUGUCUGCCCUGCUGAUGGUGGAUUACCACCGCCCCAAUGCAGCGCACAGCCAGUGCCACACCGCCACUCCGCGAUAGCUGAGGGCAUCACUCGCGUUGCUGUCACCUUCGUCGGCUACCUCACAGCAUACCUCACGUGA